GAAAUCACGUAUCGUACAGUUUCCAACAGGCCCGUACGGCAUUAAACCCGUCAUGGCUUCAAAUCCUAUGGAAGUCAUGGGGUCUUAUUUUAAUUUUAUUUUACACAAAGAGAUACCGGCUACCACUCAAGCGAAACGGCUGAAAUAAUUUGAAUAUUUAAGUGUUGGUUGAACAACGAGUCGACAGGAAUAUUUAUUUACGAACUUUGAUCAACGAGUCCCAGAUACAGAGCGGCUGUUAGUUACAGCAGUAAAAUGGAAAGUAAAGGAAAAGGAGAGCAAGCCUCUUUGGUUUCUUCACCGAAUUCUAAAUCCACUUUGUGCCAUCCAUCGAAACUCGCUUUCAAAGCGUACUUUCUCUUCUUCUACGCCGCCGUUGGAAGCUCCUUUCCGUAUUUGAUGCUCUUUUUUAAGCAGCUGGGAAUGAGCGCUGCAAAGGCUGGAAUUCUGAGCGGAGUUAAACUGUUCUCUGAAUUUAUCGGCGGGCCGUUUUGGGGAACAGUCGCUGAUAAAUUUAGAAUUCGAAAGAUCAUUUUAUUUGCGUCUCUUGUGUCAUUUUCUUCAGGAAUUUUAUUGUUUAUGCCUUUUCCACCGAGAAAUCAAGAGUGUAUCGAGACAAGAGCGAACGGUACAGUGAUCAAAACACCACUGAGUUUUACCACAGGAGAAAUACGAUACGAUAAAAGUCAUGAAGACGAGGAACAAAGCGUGGAAGAUGGCGGGUUUCUCAACCAUACGGGUCAUUCAAAUUUCACCCGUCGUAUCGACGAAACCGAGAUUUCACAGAUAUUUACAACUUUUUUAGUUAUAACCAUUAGCAGUCAAAUCGUCGGCUCAGUAGUGUUCAAUAUGCCUGAUGCGUUGGUCGCGGGUUUCCUCCAAGAGGGCAUCAGUACGUUCGGAUACUAUCGGGUAUGGGGCGAAGUUGGAGUCGCUAUUGGUUCGUUCGUUGUCGGAGGUGUCAUCAACUUUUACCAGUCGGAAGUGUGCGGCGAGAUCGUGAAAAACUACUUCGUUUUAUUUUAUUUUUUUUCUGGGUUUAUUUCACUAGCGAUGUUCACCCUAAUUUUCCUUAAGGCGACAUAUCCGGAUGAGGACACUAAUGAUUCAAACUUGUGGCUUUUGGUAAAAGAACUUAUGCGCUUUCAUAACGCCAUGUUCGUGGUUGUAGCUUGCUUCUUAGGCAUCCUCGUAGGUUUAAACGAGUUUUUCGGUCUGUGGUACUUAGAUGAUCUGGGAGCAGAACCCUACAUGUUGGGCCUGGCUUCCGGUUUGCGAUACACAGUCGCCACAUGCGGGUACACUCUCUCUAGAAUAGUUAUAGACAAAUUCGGACACACAUGCACCAUAGCAGUCUGCUUGCUGCUCUACAUUGUUGAUUACAUGAGUAUGUCGUUCGUUCGGAACCCCUGGCUGGGCGUGGCACUGUUUAGCGCUCAGGGCUUCUUAUACGGAACCAGCUGGUCUGCCUGUGUGGUUUUUGGUGGUACUGUGUCACUGCGAGUUGGUUUUUAUUCAGCGACCCAAGGCGUCCUUGGCGGAGUUUACUGGGGCUUAGGAGUCGGCACAGGUGUUCUUCUCAGCGGUGUUCUGAUAAACUGGCUCGGCGUUGCCAAGACCUAUUUUGUUUACUCUGUGGUGACAUUUAUAGUUUUAGUUCCUUUUUCACUGGCUAACUUUUGGAACAGAUCGAAGGAUGAGAGAGGGAACAGUGACCAAGAAUAUAAUUUAUUGGCGAAGGAGACAGAGGAAAACCACUGAUGACACUGAAGUGCUUAAAAGUUCUUACACCAAAAGCGUGUCGAGGUAUCGCCAACUUACACCUACCCGCAAGUUUCUUACGUCUGUCGAAAAAUAUUUCCGCUACUACAGCGCCACUACGACCUUGACUGACUUUUAUUACUUUUUUUUUAAUCAUCUUCUUCUCUUUAAAGUUCAGGAAGUAAACUAUAGCUAUAGUUAUAUCACCAUACCGUGAGGUUCUGGUCG